CAUCGAGUCCAGCCGCGGUGCUAUUGUCUCGUUUCCUGUGACCGUGCGAGCAACUCUCCACUAACAAGCCUGCAGUGGCUGUGAUGAGGUCCCACUUCCAGCAGGCGAAGCGAGUCGUCAGGACUAAUUGAAGAACUCAGAGCCGCAGGAGCCGUAGAAGAAGUGUCUUCUUCGUAGAACUGGCAAAGUCACAGCGAGGGAGAGAGGAGCUUUCUGGGGGGAAAAGUAUGGAGUUUUUCUUUUGACAGCUGCGCCGGUGCCAGACUGACAAACAUCAGGGAUCGGGGAGGUGAGCUGUCACCAUCCAUUCAACUGCCAGAUGACUGACCAGCCCUGCAGCCGUGCAUCCUGACUGCCUCUGCCUCAGUGUGUGAGUCUAAAUGUCCACAAUGACUCGGAGGGGACUUGAAUGGUGGAUCCCCUGCUGACACCUCAGACCAGAUUUCGUCCUCGACUGCCUCCUUUCCCCAACGGCUUUGGUGUGCUCAUUUUCUCUGGAGCUCCCUCCUUGUUGAAUCUGUCACCAUGGCUAGCCUGGUGCUCAACGAGACCGGAAUGGAGGAUUGUGGAAUUGACGACUCCUUCAAGUACAACUUGUACUCAGUCGUUUACAGUGUGGUCUUUGUCUUAGGACUGAUCACCAACUGUGCCGCCCUCUUUGUGUUCUGCUUCCGGAUGAAGAUGAGCAAUGAGACCACAAUGUUUAUGACUAAUUUAGCUUUAUCAGAUUUAGUGUUUGUUUUUACGCUGCCAUUCAAAGUCUUCUACAAUGUGAACCGCCAUUGGCCCUUUGGAGACGGACUGUGUAAGGUCUCGGGAACGGCCUUCAUCACCAACAUCUAUGGCAGCAUGCUCUUCCUCACCUGCAUCAGCGUCGACCGCUUUCUGGCCAUAGUUUACCCCUUCCGCUCCCGCUCCAUUCGUAAUCGCAGAAAUGCAGCGCUGGUGUGCGCCGCUGUGUGGCUUACCAUUGUGGGAGGAGGAAUAUCGGUGACCUUCUUCUCCACCAUUAACAGCACAAACAGAGCCACCACAUGCUUCGAGGGCUUCUCCAAGAGCACCUGGAAGACCUACCUGUCCAAAAUUACCAUCUUCAUUGAGAUUGUGGGCUUCCUUAUCCCUCUCCUGGCCAACUUGGUGUGUUCCUCGCUUGUUCUGCGGACUCUGCGUCGUCCUGUUACUGUCGGGCAUGGCUGUGACAGUAAAAGACGCGUACUACGGAUGAUUCUGGUCCAUCUGGCCAUCUUCAUCAUCUGCUUUGUUCCAUAUAACUCCAUCCUCUUCCUGUAUGCGCUGGUGCGGACCCAGGCCCUGGCUAGCUGUGCUAUAGAACGCUUUGCGCGAACUCUUUACCCGAUCACUCUUUGCCUGGCCAGCCUCAACUGCUGCCUGGACCCAGUGGUCUACUACUUUACCUCGGAGAGUUUCCAGAAAAGCUUGACCAUGGGAGGCAAAGGGCCUGGCUCUCGACCGGAGAGUAUCCCCCGCAGUGACACUGAAACCCAGGACACAGUAAACACCCUCACCAGAGACACAGACACUCUGGCCAGUAAUGGAAAAGACUCAAAGACAGCAGAGAGUCAGCUCUGACUCAGCAGGGAAGAAGGAAGGUGAAGAGGAACAUGUUGGGUUUGACAGGAGCCCUGAAUUGGAAAAAAAAAUUAAGCAAUCAGCUGUUUGGUCCUGGAAGUGACAAACACAUAACUCAACAGAUUAGUUAAGUCCUGAGGUUAAGUCCUGAGGUAUGGCCUGGGCUUUACGGAUUAAUCCACCACUGGAGACCACAGGAAUGUAUCUGUGUGUGUGUGUGUGGUUUUUUUAUAUGAGAGAGAGAACACUUCAUGGACCAGAGACUGAGCCAUAUAUUGACCAGAGACAUGCAGAGCCUCUAAAAGAGACUCGGACCCUUCAUCACUCAGGCUUAACACUACAAAUACUCACAGGAGCACUGGAUUGUGGAUAAGAUGGAGAUUUCUGUCUACGCCGGUGAAAUAUGUUAUUUAGUACUUUUGUAACACAUUGAGCCCAUAGUUGUAUUGUUAUAAAGUUCAUCUGUUCACAGUUUAUUGUAUCACUUAAAACAUUCAUGUUUGACACCCUUAAGUGUGAGGAGACUUAUUGUUAUUAUAACAAGAGCGUUGAGCUGCUGGGUUUAAUGUGUCUCAUGCUGAAGUUUGAGGCCAUUAAACGUCUGUUUUGAAAUCCUUA